GGCCAGUCGAAUUUGAAUGUCACGGUUGUUUGUCCUGCGUGUACUGUGAAGAUCGAUCGAAAACAAAAAUGAUCGGCGCAUCACAGCGCCCUCGUACUUUCACCAGUGGCGGUGCCAAGCAUUGAACGCACACGGUGACCAACACCCAUGCGGUCUUCAUGGUCCAACCUCUCCUGACAAUCUUGGCUCUGUUCUCCUUGCUCUCUGUCGGACUCCUAUAUCUCUCUGGCAACGAUGUCGUCGAGACACUCUCCCCGCAAGGAUGUCGCAUGUCAUGGAUGUCCCCAUCUUAUGUCAUGCAAUCUGCUUUCAACGCGUCCUGGACUCCAUUAGCGAAAAGGUAUUCGCUUUGGUUGUAUAGAGAAGUAGGAUGGGAGAACCAUAACUCAGUUGCACGGUCAACCAGUCCUGUUCAUUCCAGGGAAUGCUGGUUCUUCUCAUCAAGUCCGCUCAAUAGCGUCUUCAGCUACUAGACAGUUCUAUUCCGGCCCAUAUAGAAUCUCAGAUGAAUUUUACGCUCGACACUUGAAACCACUGGAUUUCUUUGCAGUCGAGUUCAACGAAGACCUAUCAGCUUUCCACGGCACGACUCUCGAAUCAGAAAAACGCUAUACCUCCCGAGCAGUCGACUACAUUCUAACACUCUACCCACCAAACACAUCAAUAAUCAUCCUCGGUCACUCAAUGGGCGGUAUAGUCGCGACGUCUCUCCUCCCGCACCCGAACAUAUCCACCAUAAUUACCAUGUCAACACCACACACCCUACCUCCGGCUCGGUUCGAUGCGCGGAUUGACUCCAUAUAUGCUCUGAACAAGCAAGUGCUGGAGGAGAAUCUCACACCUAUCCUUUCGUUAUGUGGUGGUGCGACAGAUUCGAUGGUACCCUCUGAGUCGUGUAUCCUUCCUGCAUCGAGGGAAAACGUAUAUAGACGGACAGUGUUCUCGAGCGCUCUGGAAGGUAGCUGGACGGGUGUCGGACAUCAAGAGAUGGUCUGGUGUCAUCAAGUUCGCUGGCGAGUCGCUAGAGCCGCUUUAGAGAUCGGCGCCGCAUCUUCGCCUGAAGGACGUGGUGAAAUAUUGGAUACUUGGCUAAGAGAUGGAAGCGCCCUACCUCCAGCUUUGACUUCAAGCCAACAUGUUAUUCUAGAUAUUUCUUUGCGGCCUGGACAAUUCGUAACGCUGCCUGAAAACCAACGGCUCGAACUGAAGAGCCCAACCGUCGAUCAAAUUUAUCUCUUGCCGGUCCCAAAGUCUGAUACCUCGAACUCGAAGUUCGUGUUAUACCUUUCUCAAGGCAGCAUUUCUCCAACGGCGCCUCAGCGCCCCCUUCCGCUUCGCGUGACAGUUCGAACUUGUCACCCUGAUUCCUCCGGAGAAGAUGCUUUUCGAUGUACCUCUCUGACACCUUCCACUCUGAAACUCGUUCCUAACCCGUUACCUGGACGGCCUUUCCCCGUGCCGGGUGAAGGAUCGGACGAGAGUGAAGGUGUGGUAUUUUUUGAGGCCGAUAUUAAUGUUUCAGGGAACGGGAACGCUGCGUGGGUAGCUGUCUCUGUAGAAGGUGGUGAUGGACGAGGUUGGGUCGUUGGUGGAUUCGUGCAGGCUGAGGUUGUGGUCAGUAUGGUGAAUUCCUUCGCGCCAUUUCUCUCGACCGUUUCGAUUGACUUGUCCGAAGAUUCGAUCUCUACAAAAAUCCACCUGCCCACUCUGCUGUCCCACGUGCUUAUCGUCUACCGACUUACGCCUCGUUUCAGCUCACCCUGCACAGAAAGUCUCCUACUUCCACUUCUCCAACACACUUCCCAUCCCUCCGAAACCCAUUACUUUUCACUUUCCCUCCCACCUCCCCGCAAGGUCCUCUUACACACUCAUGCCUCCGCGCCUUACAUCACGCCUCCCGCUCAUGGAUUCAAUCUGAGCAUUUACUCUAGCGGUGAAUGCCGUUUGAGCAGCGUCGAAGUGACAGUGGACUUAUGGGGUACGCUUGGGAGGUGGGGCAUGAGAUAUUGGUCUGCCGUGUUGAGUUGGUCGGUUGCGUUAGUUGCAUCCUUGAUUUUUGAUGCCUGGAGUGUUAGUGGUGAUGCGAUUCCAUCCGUUGAGGCUACGCUCUAUCGUUUCGUCAAGAAACGACUUGCGUGGUUUAUCAUAGCUGCAAUUUUGAUCUCCUUGAUCCCGUUGCCUGUUGGUGUUUGGUUUGGAAACGCAGGUGAACCGAUGUUUGUACUGAUCGCACCAUUCUUGAUGGCAAUCGUCACCGGUCUCGUCUGUGUAUCCUGGUGGAUUCUCAUGAUAUCGAUGUGGGCGUGGAGGGCGUUCGCCCGCAUUUUACCUUUCGGACGAAGUUCGAGCAGAAGACUGGCAUCUACAAGCGGUAACAGACGCAAUUGGAUCGUAUCCAUGGCUAUUGUCUUUCUCGCGAUAUUCUUGAUAGUGCCGUGGCAGGUUGCCUUUCUAGGCUGCUGGAUAUUCCAAUUCUACACCUGCAUCACUGCCUCAAAACCAGCUGCUUCCUCUCCGUCAUCGCCUUCCGCCAUUCCCCUCAUGCCUCAGCCAUCGGAUUCACCGUCUACACCCACUCCACCGUUUUAUGAACACCGCAGUCCGAUAGAAUCAACUCCGCAUCAAAAUCGAACACACAUUGAUCUUCUCGAACAAGAGAACCAGAGCAACGAAUAUUUGUUGUUGCUGAUGACGUGGUUGUUACCUCUGGCUGCGCCAGUACUAGCUGUGUGGGUGCGAACCCUCGCAACAGCAGGGUUGACCACGCCAUUUGAUGGCGAUCACAACGUCUUGUACGUUGCUCCGUUUAUUCUGUUGCUUGAUUUGGGCCCGGUCGCGGCUGGGUUUUUGGGUUCUCGUGGAAGUCAGCGAGGAUGGCUAUCGCCUCGAUGGGCUUUCCUAGUAUUUUCUAGAAUCGCGCUCCUUUUCGGGCCUCGCUGGACGUAUGUUGUGUUCUAUGCAGCCAGUGCUGCCCUUGGCAUUUUGCUCAUGCUGGAACUCGUACCGCAGUAUUGGACUAGUUGGCGUGUUAGGUAUCGGUAGAAUAGUUGUAUACCAUUGUUGCAUAGAUUUGUCUCUACUU